AGAAGAUGUGUGCUCCUCUGAGUGGGAACUGUUUGUGAAAGAGUCCAGAGCCUGAGCGGUCAACUCUAAUUAUCAGGUGUCGUGAGCAGCUCACAGACCCCGACUGGACGUCCGCAGGCCUCUUCAUCUGAAGUGCAGCCAGAGGAAGAAGAACUCUUGUGGCUCUUGUCAAGCGUGGAGGCCAAAGUGAGAGAGUGUGUGAGAGAGAGAGUGUGAGAGAGAGUGAGAGAUGGACACAUGCGCCUGCGCUUUGGAGCUGUUGGGGAUGCUGGUGUAUGUUGGAGCAUGGCUGUGCACUUUAACCACCACUAUCUUACCGCAGUGGUUGACCAUGUCCACUGCGCUGCUGCCCGUAGAGAGCUACGAGCUGGGCCUGUGGGAGACGUGCGUGGUCCAGGAUGUCGGUGGCAUGGAGUGCAGAGCUUAUGACAGCCUCCUAGGCCUUUCCACUGACCUCAAGUUGGCCCGCAUCCUCAUGUGCACAUCCCUCGCUGUGGGAAUGCUGGGGAUUCUGGUGGCUAUACCUGGACUUUACCUGGUGAACAGCUGUGUAGAUCACGGAGGCUACAGAACCAAGAGGACUUUGACCAUCACAGGAGGGGCGCUGGGGAUGAUUUCUGGAGUGCUGUGUCUGAUCCCCGUGUCCUACAUGGCCCAUUUAGCCGUGAUACAUUUCUUUGAUGAUAAAGUGCCCGACGUGGUGCCACGAUGGGAGUUUGGUGACGCCUUGUUCUGCGGCUGGGCCGGAGGAUUUCUUCUCAUAGUGGCUGGGCUCCUUCUGAUCACCUCCUGCUCGUGUUCACAGGUGGAGCCUCAGCCUGUGCUGCAGCGGAGAUACCAGGUCAUGAGCGCGGAUGCUUCCUUCAGGAAACGCACAGAGUACGUUUAAGGGACAAGAAUUACCUGCAUAGAGACUGACAAGCACAGCAACACAAAUCACAUGUAGAGCUGCACUUCAAACUGCUUUAGAAUAAUGAUGUAAAUAUAUUUGGUUUUAUAUCAAAGACAACGAGUUGCUUUAUCACUUCUGAUCAAAUGUUUUGUAAAAAAUACGUGCUGCAUCUGUUUUUAAUGACUCACCUGCACAAUCCAAUCCAUUACAUUUUAAAAGAGCCUGCUGUGAUCAGUAAAUAAAUGAAUAUUUUUUUAUGUUUUAUGUUUUAUGAAAUGCUUUAUAUUCCUUAUCCUGAGGUGGAUUUAUCCAUGUUAUGUUAUUUCAAGCUUUUAAAAUGCUGUGAUUCGUUUUUCUCGAUACUAAAACGUAGAAAAAGCACAAAUUAUUCAGUGCCUGGUUACUUUU